ACUAUCCACCAUAGCAGAUGCACCCACAGGCGACCGAUUAGCGAAAUGGCAAACACAGCAGAGACAGCCGAACAUUACUACAGGCGUUAUGUUCCACCAAAAGGAAAACUGGUCGCGAUUUGAGGGAAUAGACGUCAGUGAUCCUCAUAAGUAUUCGGAGGCCGUUUUGAAAAGUCCACAUCUUGAGGCUAUUCGGGAAGAUUGGAGUAAGAAACUCGAUGUCCCGUUCUACGGCGUCACAAACGACGGGAAAAGGAGAGAAGGUCUGUAUCAGAUUCGAGAUGAGGGUGCGCCGACGAGAAAGAUGGUUGAAGCGGCUCGCAGAGUGCUAGACUCACUUAGCCCGUCCGAAAAAGCAGACACAGUCCACGACUUGGAUUCGGAUACAUGCAGAAGAUGGAGUAAUCCAGAGUUUGUGUUGCAUCAAUGCGGUAUACGCCUCGAGGACCUCAAGAAAACAAAAACAGAGGCCAUCAUAGGCCUUUUGGAGCAAUCUCUGAGCCCGAGUGGCUUUGCCAAGGUUCGAGGGGCCAUGAAAGUGAACAAGUUCUUGGGAGAAAUUUGUGGAAAAGAAGCCAUCUUGAACGAACACAGCUAUUCUUUCACGUUAUUCGGCGAGCCCUCAGAAACAAAGCCCUGGGGUUACAUGCUGUUUGGCCAUCAUUUAUGCUUGAACGUUUUCAUCGCUCGCCAGCAAAUGGUGAUAGGACCAGUCUUUAUCGGCGCUGAGCCAAACAUCAUUGACGAAGGCCUCGACAAGGGUCUCACGCUGUGCGCCAACGAGGGCCAGCUGGGCCUGCAGCUGAUGCAGUCUUUGCCUCCGGAGCUGCAACGGAAGGCUCAAAUAUACCCUACAAUGAAGGAUCCUGCAAUGCCAGAAGGUCGGUGGAACCCAGUCGACCAGAGACACAUGGCUGGGGCCUUUCAAGACAACCGCGUGAUUCCAUAUGAAGGCGUCGUUGUCACGGACAUGUCCGAGGAGCAGCAGAUACUCGUCAUGGCUAUCGUGCAUGAGUUCUUGGCCCUGUGGCCUUAUGAGCCACUCCGUCACCGUUUAAAGCAGAUACUCAAGCACCUCACCGAAACGCACUUUUGUUGGAUUGGCGGGUUCGGAGAAGACGACCCUUUCUACUACCGUAUACAGAGUCCGGUGGCACUUUUUGAGUUUGACCACCACUCGGGGGUCUUCCUGACCAACAAAGAGCCUGCCAAGUAUCAUAUCCACACGAUCCAGAGACUUCCGAAUGGCAAUGAUUACGGGAGGGCACUGCGGGAACUGCUCCGACCUCGAUAGGAAGUGGACGAUCAAGCAUCCUUGAGGGUUCUUCUUCCGAGCCGCACUUUGUUGGACGAAUUUUGUAACAUCUCCAGUUU